AUGACUCCAUUUUCUGUUCCUAUUGGUGAAUCUGUUCCUAUACUUAAUGGUUCUAAUUAUUCGGAGUGGAAAGAACAGAUCAUGUUCAUUUUGGGUUAUAUGGAUUUAGAUUUGGCUCUGCGUGCUGAACAACCGCCUAAGGUAGUGGGGCCAAUGACUCCACAGCAGGAAUCCGCGCAGGAAAAGUGGGAGCGAUCCAACCGCUUAAGUUUGAUGCUCAUAAAGUCAAGGGUAUCAAAAAGCAUAAGGGGAUCAAUCCCAAAAUGUGAUAAAGCCAAGGAUUAUCUAAAGGCCAUUGAGGAGCAAUUUGUAAGCUCCGAUAAAGCCUUGGCGAGCACCUUAAUGAAUAAACCGUCUUCCAUGAAGUACUCCGGAAAUGGCUCGAUUCGCGAGCAUAUUAUGGAAAUGCGAGAUAUUGCAGCGCAACUCACCGCACUUGAAGUAACCAUCUCUGAUUCAUUCUUAGUGCACUUUAUUUUGAACUCUUUGCCAUCUGAAUACGGACCAUUUCAGAUCUCUUAUAACACACAUAAAGAUAAAUGGUCAAUUAAUGAAUUGCUGACCAUGUGUGUGCAAGAGGAAGGCAGAUUAAUACAAGAUAAACAAAAUGCAGUCAACUUUAUUUCUCAGAAGAGACAAAUAAAGCGUGCUAAGAAUGGCAAGGGCAAGAAUGACUCAAAAAGAAAGAAUAAGGAAGUUCCAUCUGGUUCACAAGGCCAAUCAAGUAAUUAG